AGGAUGCUGGGCGACUCCUGCGUGGAUUUGGGCCAAGGCUUUCCCAACUUCGACCCCCCGGAGUUCGUGGUGCAGGCGCUCCGCGAUGAGCUGGAGGGCCCGGUGGUGGGCGCGGUGCGCACACGACACCAGUAUACCAGGACGGCCGGGCACGUGACCCUCGUCGAGGCGCUGGCGGAGCGCUAUGAGGGACAUCUCGGACGGCCCUUGGAUCCGAUGAAGGAGGUGGCCGUGACUGUGGGAGCCACCAACGCGCUGUUCUUGGCCAUGCAGGCUGCAUUAGCGCGAGGCCACGGCCGAGAGAUCGUGGCCUUGGAGCCUUUCUUCGAACUCUAUCGCUCGCAGGCGCGCGGCCUCCACGCGGAGUUCCGCAGCGUUCCCCUGCGCUUCGACGAGGAGGCGCAUGCCUUCGAGCUCGAUGAAGCCGCCCUCGCCGAGGCUUUAGGUCCUGACACCUGCGCGCUCAUCGUGAACACGCCGCACAACCCCACGGGGAAGGCCUUCGAAGAAUGGGAGCUUAAGGCGAUUGCCAAGUUGGUGGAACAGCACCCGCACAUCUUAGUGAUCAGCGACGAGGUCUACAAGUACAUGAUUUUCGAUCCGCCCAGCGGGUCCCCAAGCACCGCCAAGGACGCACCGAAGGGUCACGUCCAUUUCGCCAAGCUGCCGGGCAUGUGGGAACGCACGCUGACCGUCAGCUCUGCGGGCAAGACCUUCGGCAUCACCGGCUGGCAGAUCGGUUGGCUCAUCGGCCCCAAGCAGUGGAUGGAGCCGAUCCAACGCUUCAUGCCCAAUUUGCAGUUCUGUGCUCCGACGCUGACCCAGCGCGCCUUGUGCCGGGUGCUGCGGCAAGCGGCGCAGCCCUUCCACGGCCUGGAGAGCUACUACGAGUGGCUCAGACAGGACUACGCUCGCAGAAGGGACAUCAUGGUGAAUGCGCUGGAGGCCGGCGGCAUCAAAACAGCCAGGUCCCAAGGUGGCUUCUUCCUCCUGGGUGACAUCAGCGGGCUCUCCGGUCCCGAUGGCCCGCUGCAUGAGAGCUGGCAGGCCUCGCUGAGGCCCGGCGAGGCCGCGGAUUGGACGACCUGCCGAGCGCUGGCGGCCGAGAUCGGCAUCGUGAGCUUGCCGGUGAGCCCCUUCUUCGGCCACGGCACUGCGGAGCACAUCCGCACCCGCUUCGCGCGCUUCUGCUUCGCCAAGACUGACGCCACCUUGGAGGAGGCAGCCAAACGCCUCAAGAGCUUGCGCGCCUGAUCGAGGG